AUGCCGUCCAUGGCAGGCUCCAAGCCUGUGACCGAACUACCUCGAUUCUUGCGCCUGACCUGGACCUCCGCCGCCCUCAUCCAGGCAGCGCCCCAGUCCGUCCCAAAGCGACCUUGCGUAACUCAAACCCUGAAGGCCCCUUCCUUCAAGUCUGUGUCGAGGCCUAGGGCAAUACAUCACAGUGCUGCUAAGAGCUUGACCGUGAGAAAUCCUUCUUCCCCUUCACGGAAGAGACCCCGGACCUACGUUCAACCACUUCCCCCAGACGCAGCUCCCAUCCGGCACAAUGGAGUCUACGCUGCCGCAUUCAAACCGGCCCGUCGAGCGUUCUCAACAACCCCUGUGCAACACAAAGCUCACCACUUUGACACGCUGAGAUUCGUGCAAAGACUGAAAGAUGAAGGGUUCACAGAAGAGCAGGCUGUGGCUAUGAUGCGCGUCCUAAACGAUGUAAUAGAAGAGUCGAUCCAGAACCUGACCCGAACUAUGGUCUUAAAGGAAGACGCAGAGAGAAGCACAUAUACGCAAAAAGUCGAUUUUGCCAAAUUGCGGAGCGAAUUGUCCAAUGCGGACAGCACCGAAGCACAACUAACACGAUCCAGCCACGAUCGUCUGACCAGUGAUCUGGCUAAGUUGAACUCGAGAUUACGGGAUGAGAUCAGUCGGACGCAGGCCAGUGUUCGCCUCGACCUGAACCUCGAAAAGGGCAGGAUACGAGAAGAAGCGAACGGACAGGAAAUGCGCAUCAAGGAGACGGAAGCCCGGAUUGAACAAGAGGUGGCUAGUCUCCGCGAACGAGUCGAAGCGGUCAAGUUCUCAACCCUCCAAUGGCUCAUGGGCGUUUGCACGGGUACAGCAGCACUCAUUUUGGGUGCCUGGCGUCUGCUGAUGUAA